AUGGAGCAGCGGAGAGAGGCUUCUGCUCUGCGUGUCCUCUGCUUUCUCCUUCUCGUCCUACCACGUGCGAUCUCGACCGCUGAUUUGGCAUCGGAUGGGGAGAGGUUGUACCAAGUGUCGUCGGUUCGGGCGGCCAUGGACCAGGCCGCGGCCGCGCGCGCCCUCGCCGUGGCCCGGGCGGCGCGCCGGUCGGAUGGCGUGGCGGGGAGCGGUACCGGGCAGGCUUGGUCAGACUGCGAGCAGCUCGUGGCGUUCGCUGUGGGGCACCUGAACCGAACGGCCGCCGCGGCGGCGGCGGCGGCACGGGGCGGCGAUGUGGCGUCCGACGUGCUCGCGUGGCUCAGCGCCGCGCGCACCACCGUGGGCACGUGCCUGGACGGCUUCGCCGAGCUCGCCGCGUCCCCUGGGCCGGAGUUCGCCGCCGCGCUGACGAACGUGUCGAGGCUGGUGACGGACGCGCUCGCCGCCGCUGCACUCCGGCGCGGGGCAGAGAAUUACACGCGUGCUACAGCAAACGUCGAUUGGCUCCGAUCCGGCGACGACGACGGCCAGAUGUUCCAGCUUGACACGGUGAGCCCAGGCGACGCCGACGUGGUCGUGGCGAAGGACGGGACGGGCCAUUUCUGCACCGUCGGCGAGGCUCUCAACGCGGCGGCGAAGCGUAGCAACGGGGGCCGGAGGACCGUGGUGUACGUCAAGGCCGGAGUGUACGGCGAGAACGUCGAAGUGUGGACCAGCAACUUGGUGCUCGUCGGUGACGGCAUUGGCCGGACGGUGAUCACCGGAAGCCGGAGCGUCCGGCAGGGCUACACCACGUUCAGCUCAGCCACUUUCGCCGUGAACGCCGACGGCUUCGUGGCGUGCGGCGUCACGUUCAGGAACACGGCCGGCGCCGGCGCCGAGCAGGCGGUGGCGCUCCGUGCCAGCGGCGACCGGCUCGCGUUCUACCGGUGCAGCUUCGAGGGCCACCAGGACACGCUGUACGCGCACACGCUCCGCCACUUCUACCGCGAGUGCGUCGUCGCCGGCACCACCGACUUCAUAUUCGGCAACGCGGCGGCGGUGCUCCAGCGCUGCGGCAUCCGCGUGCGCCGCCCGCCGUUCCCCGGCCAGCCGGCCGUGGUCACCGCGCAGGGCCGCGUCGACAGGUACGAGCGCACGGGGUUCGCCAUCCACGGCGGCCGCGUCACCGCGGCGGCCAAGUUCGGCCUCCCCGGCGGGGCGCCGGCGCCGUUCAAGACGUACCUGGGCCGGCCGUGGAAGGAGUUCUCCCGAGUGGUGUACAUGGAGGCGUACAUGGACGGCACGGUGGACGCGGCGGGGUGGCUGCCGUGGCAGGGCACGGCGUUCGCGCAGACCACGGCGUUCUACGGGGAGUACCGGAACUCGGGGCCGGGGUCCAGCACGUCGGGAAGGGUGAGGUGGGGUGGAUACCAUGUCAUCACCGACCCCAGCGAGGCGUCGGAGUUCACCGCCGGCGACCUGGUGAACGCCGGCUCGUGGUUGGGCUCCACCGGUGUCCCUUUCACUCCAGGCCUCUAGCUCCAUAUCUGUCAAUAUGUUCUAGUACUAGGAUUCUUUAUUGAACUUUUUUUAUCAUUUUUGAAAAAUACUU